AUGUCAUCUGCACGCACCCGCAGACCCCACGCGCUCCUCCGCCCCCGCCCCCGCACCACCGCCCGUCCCCCGCCUCGCUGGUCCCCCAAGCAAGUCUACGCCUGGGCCGUGCUCUUCGCGGCCAUCGUUCUCGCGGUGAUUAUCCCCACGCAAGCGCCUCGGACUGCUGCACAUCCGGCGCUGGAGCGCAAGUGGGGGAAACGCGAGGGAGGGACAGUGGGCGUAGCAUUUCAUUUGGUGCCGGAGAGCGGACUCGCCUCCAUCUACGACAAAAAUGGGUCUACAAUCAAUAUCGCGCGCAUCCCCGGCUCGCCUGCCUAUGCGGCCUUCAUGCGCAACGCCGCCUCCCUCUCGCAGGCCCGCCCUCGCACACGCUUCUGCGACUUCAUCUAUACUAUGCAAAUUGAACUCCCCGAUCUCAUCCCCACGCCGCUCUCCUGUCUUGCUCCCGCCGUCCUCGCCGUCCGCCCUCUCAUUGCCGCGCUGAAGGCAGAAGUGGAAGCCCACCUCGGCACACGUAUCUGCUUCGCCGCGCUCGUCGUCGACGACGUGGAGCGCGGUCCGUUGCGCCAGGUAGCCGCCAUAGCGCUAGAAAGCGUGGGUCUGGCAAACGUGCGUGUGACCCGUGGAGAGAAGUACCGAUCUCGGGGGUGCUUGCCUUCUUCCAGAUACGAAGUCGACGAUGUCGCGAGCCACUCCCUCUUUCCCAUCGUAGAUGCGCAGAUUGCGCAUAUGGAGCCGCUGCCCGCGGACGACGAGAAGGCGUGGACGGUGCUAGUGGUGCACUACGAACCGCACGGUUUCAACACGGCGCGCUUCUGGGUCGGGGGAGAACAGGAUGCGAAGGUUCCGUGGGGUGCCAAGAUCCAGACCGAUCCGGAGACACUGGGAAAAGAAAAGGAGCGCGUACGAGCUGUGCCGCGCUGGCUGGCGGCCCCGGUCGUCUUUGAAGACGCAGACAGCACAUGGGCGGCGCUGGACGCCCGUCUGCACGCUGAGCCCGAAUCAUCCGACGACGGUUCAACAGCGGACGAAGAUGAAGAUCCAGACGAAGGAGACAUAUCUCCCAGUCACCAGCAUGAAAACUCUCCUCCAGAUCUUGAAAAAAUCCAAGCACAUCACGUUCCCGUCAUUCGAGACGAUGAUGACAACAUUCCAGAUACCUCUGUCGUUCGAUCAAGAUUCUUGGGUCCUAAGGCUCCGCCGCACAUCGACCGCCUCAUCCUCACCGGUGCCUCGGCCCGCGAUCCCAAGCUUCACGCCCUCUUGACAGACAUCCUUGGGGAGAAACUUACGGCCGGCGCGUACGUAGAUGAGGAUCCCUUUACGGCUGCGCGGGGCGUUGCUGCAGGAGCGUACGCUGCCAUGCAGAAGCCUUCAUUCGGCGCCAAGAAUAGUGCUUGGCCUAUCUUUGCGUGCCAGUGUGCCAGUGGGCUUCAUGCCAGCCGGUGGUGGGAUGUAGCGUUGACAGCAAAGUGGGAACUGGCGAACAGGCUGAGAUACGAUGCAAGGAAUACGGUGGAAUGGAUUCGAUGGGGCUACUCGGGAGGAUGGGAACAGGAGUUACGCCGUCUCCCUGGUGAGUUUCUAGAUGGUUUACGCCGUCUAUCCAGUGAGCGUCUCAGGGAUUCGUGGCCGGGUUGGGUUUGCUAUGGUGGGUUUGUCGCGAUCGUGAUAUGGAAAUGGAACGCCGGUGCUGCUGUACAUGCCAGGGGAGAGAAGGCGGAUGUUUCCUGUGUGCUUGGCGAUGAUAAAGUCUGA